AUGUUACGAUUGCCUGUCUUCGAUCCCACGAGACCGCCCCCGUUGACCAUAUCGCAGCCCCAUUUCAACCCCGGUUCAGAUCAAAACUUCGUUGAAAGCUUUCUUAAUGCAAGAGGUCAUUUGAAAAAAAUUGCACCGCGCACAAACAAGUCCACCACGACGUCGAUCAGUGAACUUAAAGCCACUCUUACCAGCCUGGUCACAGAACUCGAUCGGCUAAGAAGUGAGAAGGAGUCACUCGAAAAGAAAAUCGAUCUUUUAUCAGAAACAGAAUGGCAAAUUGCGGCUGAACGAUUGCAACAGAUGCAGCUGCAAAUAGAGGACAAACUGCUGCAAGUAACCGAUGCCAAUGUUUACGGGCGGCUUAAACAGAAAAUACACAAACGACGCAAGAAGCGUGCCUGGCAGAAACGGCGGAAUGCUCAAUUGCGCCAGCAAAAACAAGAUCAGUUGAAAGAUCGCAAAAAGUUAGACGAAAGUAUUUCUGUGUGGCAACAGGAGCAGCAAAAGUUGUUCGAGGAAGAGAAGCAAGUUCUACAGCAGAUGGAGCAAGCCAGUCACUUUUUGACUGACGUUUAUCGCCGCAAAGCAGCUUGUAAACGGCACCUGGCAAGAUUCGAAAAAAUGCGAAACAAUUCCUCGAGUACACGAAGACACGACGAUGAGAAACGAUUUAGCGCGGAACUUGUAGAAUUAGUCAAAGUUUGGAGCUCGAAACUUACGGAAUGCAUUAAGGAAGAGAAACGUAUCAAAGAUGUACUGGCGCGACGUUCGGCGAGUAAUUACAAGCGGCGCGUUGAAAACGAAUGGAACCGGGCACUGUUUGGUGAUGUGGUUCCUAAGAAGUUCGAACAUCCACUGCUUGGGGCUGAACGCAAUCCAGCGGUCAUGAUUGAAACGCGGUGGGCCUGGGAUGCCUGUCUUGUUGACGAUGCGGACGAUAGUCAGCUGCAGCAGGCCAGUACCAUUCCCUUGGGGUGGGUAUUGCCACCGAAAAAUCCUUCACCGGAGUGGGAGCAGUACCGGACUGCUCAGUCCAACUGAUAAACACAUUAUUUCUAACAAUUAGAGCUCGAUAAUAAAUAACCUUUAUGUAUUUAGCA